UUGGGACAGGAGGAUCGCUAUUGCAAACAGGUGUGAUAUAGGAACCAGAGCCGCUUCUUGUUUUGAGGGUAUUUUGUUUUAGAUUAGAAUGGUGAUUAUAUUGCCUGCACGGAUAUAAAGCACACACACACACAUAUAUUUUAAAUCCAUGUCUACGAAAAUAACGUUGGAUUUAAUAAGGAGAAGUCCCGUCUCCGAUCGAGAUAUGUUUAGAGAAUUUCAGGAUUGGUGUCUUAGGACUUACGGGGACUCGGGUAAAACAAAGACUGUCACCCGGCGAAAAUACAACAGGAUUCUGCAAACACUUCUCCAGGGCGAAGAAUCCGGCGACAGUGGCUUCAUUGAAAACAACCACGUCGACGCCAAAUUUAAAUUCUGGGUGAAAUCUAAAGGCUUUCAGGUCGGAAGCAAUGCUGCUGCCACCAGUCACAGUGAACAGAAGAAGGGGGCAUCUGGAAAGCCUGUGCUGUAUGUCCCUGUUAAAGCAACGAUUUCGGAAUGUGGGCUGGCCCAGGACAGCACCUCCCUGAAGCGGGUGGCUGUGGUGGAGGAUUUCUUUGACAUCAUCUACUCCAUGCAUGUGGAAACAGGCUGCGACCCUGGCAAGGCACCCAAGCACGCCGGCCAGAAGAAAACGUACAAAGCGAUAGCGGAGACCUACGCGUUCCUCCCGCGCGAGGCUGUCACCCGCUUUCUGAUGAGCUGCCAUGAGUGUCAGAAGAGGAUGCACAUCAAUCCCAGUGGAGCCGAGUCCAAAGAGAAUGACCGCCCCACCUCCUUAGUCCCAGGACUGAUAGACUACAACAUGCCAAUCACUGCGACAUACCUGAAACAAAUGAAGCUGAGCAGCAUGGGAGCCAACGAACAGGAUGAAAGUUCAGUGAGCAGCGAGGAUUUUGAUAUGACUGACCCCACAUGGAUGUCAGCUGAUCACGGCGCUACGACUGACCUGAGCCCCAGCCAAGGAGAGAGAAUGCACACACCCCUGAACAGACACAAAGAGGAGGACGAUGACUCGUCCUCAGAGAGUGGCAGUGGGAACGGCCUGCCCACUCUCAACCCGUCAGCCCCGGGAAGUGCCCAGGAGGACGGAGCCUACACGGAGGUGAAUGGGAACAGAGCUCCUGGCCCGCUGGACUUCAGCACCACCUCAUCAUCAUCCUCCUCCGAGGACCAGCCCAUCAACCUGAGCGAGCGACUGCAGCCCCCCUUCCAACCAGAACCCCCGGACGGGCCGAGGAGCCGAGUGAAGUACACGAGCAAGCCAGCCGCGGAGCUCAGACUGGACCGGGAGAUGAGAGACUAUGUAAAUAAGUCACCGCAAUACAGCUCAGGGAGUUAUGAUUCGGUCAAGACGGAGGUCAGCCUCUGCCCGGAGGACCUCUCGGUCAGUCGGGCGCCCACUGCAGACGAUGAUGAUGACGACCACGACCAUGAUGACCACGAGGACAAUGACAAGAUCAACGACUCUGAGGGAAUGGACCCCGAGCGGCUAAAGGCUUUUAACAUGUUCGUCCGCCUGUUUGUGGAUGAGAACCUGGACCGCAUGGUGCCCAUUUCUAAGCAGCCCAAAGAGAAGAUCCAGGCCAUCAUAGAGUCCUGCAGCCGGCAGUUCCCGGAGUUCCAGGAACGCGCCCGCAAGCGCAUCCGCACGUACCUCAAAUCCUGCAGGAGAAUGAAGAAGAAUGGCAUGGAGACACGCCCCACUCCUCCUCAUCUAACCUCCGCCAUGGCCGAGAACAUCCUGGCAGCUGCCUGCGAGAGCGAGACCCGGAAAGCAGCCAAGAGGAUGCGUCUGGACGUGUAUCAGGCUCCUCUCGAUGAACAGAUUUCACUAGAGAAGCAGAGUGCCCGGGAGCCACACUCCGCCUUCACGUUGGCAGCCUCGGCUUACUCACAGGAUCAGAUCUACGUCAACGGAGGCCUCAACUACAGUUACCGUGGAUACGGGGGGCUGGGAGCCAGUCUGCAGCCUCCUGUCUCCCUAACAACAGGGAACACUCUGAGCAAUGGUCCAGCUGAUUUCAGCAUGAAGGCACUGGCUUCGAACUCCUCUUCAGCCUCCAGUACAAACAGCAGGGGUGUCCCGACAGCCCAGCUGAGCCCCACGGAAAUCAACGCAGUGCGGCAACUCAUCGCCGGCUACAGAGAGUCUGCUGCUUUCCUCCUGCGCUCGGCCGACGAACUGGAAAACCUCAUUUUACAGCAGAAUUGAAUUCAGCACCUCCGCCCCCACCCCUAAAAUGAAAAGAUAAUAAUUACACCGGACAUCUCCGUCCCCAUCCCCUGCAUGGUCUGGUCUCCCCUUGGGACCUCCUCCCUUAAUCUUCGCACUGCUAGGGGAGGCUUGUGUGCAGAGUAAGAGUGAGCGAGUUGUUACUUUAAAUUGCAUUGUGCCGUCGCUCAACCCUCCUAAAGGAGGAAACAACCGAGUCUUGAAAGGUAGCUAUCCUCUUUAGGACCCUUUACUGUAAAAUGAAAACGCCUAGCACCACCCUAGAAGCACUUACAAUUAUUAUAGGUCUCCGAGUCAUGGCUAGUAGUUUUGAUCAGCUGAAGACUAUUUCAAAUGUAAUGGGCCACUGUUUCACACAGCGCCACCUGUCAUUUGGUGCUGGUACUACAGGUAUCUUAAUGCUACGAGACAAAAAAAAUCCCCACAAUUGACUACUAUUGUAACGAGCUGUAAAUAUGUGCGAUGUGUUAUUUAAGCACUUUCCUCUCACACAAACCUCACAGUCCCCAUGGAGAAGGCAAAAGAAGGUACCGAACAUAAAUAUGCAGGUGGCACGUGGAAAUACCUCAGUAUGUUUAAUUAUAUUUACAUUUAUAUUGAUUUUGUAUCUCUUGGGGGGGCAGGGGGUUUGCAACAAUAUUUGAGUUUGGAUCUUUUAAACUGUAGAAAUACCUGACUUUCAAAAAAUAGACUACUAAAACAGUUUAAAAAGACUUUGGCACUAGAGAUUAUUUGUAAACUACAUAUUUGAAGAUAGUGUUGUGAAGGUAACAUGUCUCUUUUACUACAAUGUUAGAUACCGUCAACCAGGCAAAUGUAACGAAACUUCCAAACAUCCCCAAUAAAAAUCAGUGCAACCCCACCGUUGAGGGGGUUGGGGGUGCACACUGCCACCUAUAUAUAAAGGGGGUCCAGUGUUCCUAUUUCCUCCUGACUACCCAUCUUGUAGUUAAAGCCUGGUUGUGUAAUGGACAUUGGGGGGAGAUUUUCCGUUGUUCUUGUUCUAAGAUGGCCAUUAACCCAUUUGCUGCUAUGGGACCCAAUAUUUGCCACAGACCUGUAACCUCAAGAGGAGUCUUCAGCCUCCACCAAACGAGAGGACCUCAUCGACACUGCCCUCCUGUCUGUGAAAAACAAACAAAACGCCCAUAAAGAGGAUCUCAAAUCUGUUACUACACCGCUUUGAACUGCGGUUCUCUCACUUUAUAGUUUGAACUUACAGCCAAAUGUCAAACCUCCAAAAAACACACAGGGACCAAGAGCCGAAGGCCUCCUAUCGUACAGCAGUGUGACUUCCAGGGAAUGCUGUGCUGCUUCAAGAACUCUUGCUUUCUUCCUUCGAGCUGCUACAUCCACAUUGGUUGCCAUUAAAAAAAGAAAGAGUAAGACAACCGAAGCAUUCAGUUUCGAGGUGCAAUAUUGAACAGUGUAGGCCAGGGUCUUCCUUCACUUCCCAGCUGUUGACUUUCUUUCUCAGUUUGCUUUUUCCACACACGGUUCAUUGUGUGUGGUUUACAGUAUCGGGCUUCUUUCUAUGAAUCAAGUAAAGCCAGAUCUAUUGAAAUUGAUGGGAUGCAGUUUUUUUUUUUUUUUUAAAUGUGUGUGCCCAUUGUUGAGUGUCAUAGAAAUUGACACUAAAGGGCAUAACCUUUUCAAACAUCUUACAGUUCCUCUUGAUCAGCCCGUUUCAUUAGUUCGAAGAACUGUGUUUCCAAGACUGUCAAAUUUUAGCUUACAUUUUGCACUAAUGAAAAGUUGUGCAUUGGAUAAUCAUUAACUUCUGUAGUGUAAAUACUGUGGAAUGCCCUUAAUAUUAGUCGUUUGAUUUUUUUGGUACUUUCUAUUAAAGUGUGAAAGCAUUCCUUAAACCUCAACAGAAGAGACCCAAGUGCAAGGCAAGGCUUUAACCCAUCAGGACUGACCCACUUCCAUCAUGUCUAACACUGACAGACAUCCACAUGGCAAACUGAUGGAGUCACUCCAUAUCAGAAUGGCCACAACUGCUUUAUAAUCCACUGUGGUUUACUCUUUGCCGUGGACACACUCAUUAGCAACACAAGAAACAAGCUGAUGUUAAUGUUAAGAUGUACUAAUUGAAUGCACACAUGGAUCUAGCGGUGGCCAUGAAUAUUGCCUCAUCUCACAUUUUUCAGUAAUCCGAAACAAUUAUUAUUUUUUUUUUAAUUAAUGACUCACUAGGAAAGAAAAGCCAAAUGAGACAGAUUGUUUUGGGUAUAACAUCACAGACUGAAAACAAGGCAAAUGCUUUGUAUUGCUUGGAAAUAAAUGGGCCAGGAUCAUUUUUGUUUUAUUUAAUACACCUUAAUUAUAAAAAUGUAACCAUUCUAAUGAUUAAAAAUGUCAAGUGAUGCAUAUUAUAGGCCGCCAUAGAUGUACGAGUGAAUCUGCUGGGCUCCUGUUCAAGAGAAUAACCAAAAGCAAGAUGCCUCUUCUAAUACCAGUUAGCUGUGAAUUCCGUCAAAUUGGUUCUAAUCUGAAGAAAAACCUGCUAAUAGCCAUAAUUUCAGAAAGGAAGAAUUUACUACUUCAGUGACUCCAUCUUUGUUACCUCUGUUCUACAGGUUUCCUUCUGUCCUGAUGGGUUUGCAGCAAUGAAUUGGGUUCUUUCAGGUGACCCAUAUUCACAUGGCAGGAAUGGCAGUGAACCCUACUGUCCAGCCUGGUCAUCACGCUUAGCCAGGCUUCUAUUUCAGGAAGAAUUCAUUUUAUUCAGAUCAAAUGCAAAUGCUUAAAGGUUCUGUGAUGCAGUGGUUGAUAAUGAUCUGAACGUUAUGCAUCUUCACAUGUGUGGCGUGGUACAAAUUACUGUUAAAAUGGAGAGUUCCUUUCUUAGGCACUUGGUUAUUAAUGACAGCUGAACUCGUUUUUUGUUUUUGAAAUGCAGCUUUCAUGUUACUGAAGGGUUUUUUUUUUUUUUUUUUUACUUCAAAAAAGAUCUUAUUCAGAAUUAGCAAGCUCUAAUAAAGUGAUUACCUGCUGAGAAAGCAGAGUAGGCCUGUGAACAUGAUCGGAAUUCAAGAGAGAAAGAAUGCAGCAUGGUUUAAAAAUGGUUGGAAAUGCAUUACAUUUCAUUACUAACUGAAAAACAUCCUACAAAUCCAAACUGACUUACAAUUGUUUACAGCAGAACAUUGUCUGCUAGCCAGGUAAAAAUCACUGCUCAGUCACUUACAACAGAAUCCUCUAGCACAUUAUGAUGUGGAAACUAAAGAAAUAUAAUCUCUCUCAAAAGCAGCCACCAGUACUGAGAGGCACAAUUCUCUUGCUAUGCGUUGCCAAGUUAUUCUAAGUCUAUACCCCGCCUUGUGCCAAAACUGUUCCUGUGGCUCAGAACUGAGGACAUCUCUACCAUUCAUUGCUGCUCAAACCCAUCCUUGACAGAAGAAAGCCUUACCUUCUUGUUGCAAAUUCUUUGAAGUGCGCUGCUGAACUUUAGCUUCAGACCUGAGGUAACCACCUUCAGUGGCAAGAUUUAGCUUGUUAGUCUAGAUAGUGCUAUGCAUAUGUAACAGACAACUGUUUUUGUGGAAGGACUAAAGAGAUUAUAUGGUGUACAGGCAGUUGCAGAAUAACCUCCUCUGUGAUUGUUUAUUUUCCCCCAGUUUUAGAAGAUAUACUGUAAAGAAAAAAAAAAAGUAGGCAAAAGACAAUCUUAUCCCCUUCAUUGUUUGAUUUCUGUAUCUUUUUGUGUGCAGCUAUUGUAUACGGUGUGUCUUGGGGACAACAAAGUAUUUUAUCCAUAAUCAAAGCAUUCUUACUGUAUUACUGUACUUACAUAAGAGUUGUGAUGCACACAUGUGGCUCACCAUUUGAUCAGUCUCUUUUUUUAUGCAAUUACUCUUUUUUUUAAAAAUGUAUGAAAAAAUAUAUAUCUUGAGUGUAAACAUUCCAAAACAAGCAACAACAGAAAAGAAAAAAAUGCUUUAGCAACAAACCUUACCAGCUUCCACUACAACCCUGGGGAUUAGCAUACUUUCCAGAACACGGGUCACUGUGACCCUGGGGAUUAGAGUACCUUCCAGAACACAUGUAGACAUGGUUCUUAAUUCAGAACUACUGCAAGGUAAAAGAAAGUUAGGGUGUCAGUGUUGUAAAGAUACGGUGUAGUGUAAUUAAUUUUAAAAAAUCAAUGAGGGGGCAUCAAGCAUAUAACUAGGUCAGUGCAUGUUAUUAUUAGACAUUUAUUUAACAUAAAGAUUCAUGUUUAAAUACAGUACAGCUUUUUAAUCUUUUGCCUCCCAACAUUUCUGUUCUGGAAGCUUGUCCUUUUUCAGCCCUCAAAUUCCAUUACUACUUUAUGGUAAUACCGUCACUGCUGGAAACAACAAACACUAGAUUGAGAAAUAGAAUACUGAUUGUCUGCACCACACUUUCAGAUGAACGGGCUAAAAAGAAAAUAGCUACUUUCAUUCACACAGGGAAAUAAAAGUAUACUCCAUUUUAGGACUAAAACGCUUUAGGAUAAUUUCAUGAAAAUGUAUCUCUUGGACCUUGCUGCGUGUAGUCACGGAUUAGGGAUAUAUUUGAAUACUGACAUGUAUGUCUUUAAAAUGACAUCACAUGUAAUUUAAUAUACCAAUUCAAAAUGUCCUGAUAAUUAAAGUCCAGAUAAUAAUGUGUUAUUGACGAAGCCUCCCAAAGGGUGCUUUACUGUGGUUGUGCUUGUAAGGUUCAUUGCUAUCAGACACAAAAAUAUCUUCAGGCAGACAGUUUUGCAGCAAAAAAAAAAAAACACAAUUAACUGUCUCUUUAUUUUUCUAAAGGGGUAGUGUAGUCAAUAAAAAUCAACAUGGUUUUGACCAGUCUUUUUUUCUAUAUAUAUAUAUAUAAGUUGGUGGUGCUUUAGAUUUGUUUGUUCUGUUAUACAGGGAGCUGGGGGUCUCUGCUCCUUACCUAUUUGUACCUAAUACCAAUGUGAAAUUUUGUAUUAUACUCCUGAUUUUGGACUCAGUGGAAGUGUGAUGUUUACAUGUACAGAUUUUGCGAUUUUUUUCUCCCCCUGUGUUAUAUAUGUCUUUCUGACUCUGUACUUGAGGGGGAAAAAAAUCAAAACAAAUUAACCAUUGUAAAAAAGUGUAAAACUGUUUUUAAAAAGAGUGACUCGUUUUUUGUUUUUGUUUCAAGCCAUUAACAUUCUUUUCAGCAACCAAACAAACUGAAAAACCAAACCUGGCAUCGGUUUUAUACCAAAGCCUGAAAUCCAUGAUAUUUAUAAUUUAUUCAAGUACAGCAAGUGGAAGUCUUAGUCCACACUUACCAUUGAGUAGCGCACACAUGAUAAAUAUGCAGUAAUUACAAUCUGUUCAUUUAAAAGUGGGCUUAUUACAAAAACAACAAAGCAUAGAGUUAUCUGCUAAAAAAAAAAAAAAAAAAAAAACACCCACUUUAUUUGGAACAGUAGAGAGUAAUUUGAGGUACUGUUCAUUUGAGAUAAAAUGUACUGAAGCUAAUUCAACAUUCUAGCAAGUGCAACUGCUUAAUAAACAAUUAUCAUUGUUCGAUAUAAAAUGACCUAUUAGAACUCUAGUGUUUAAUUCAUAGAUCAAUUCUGAUACAACUUGUCUCUAAGCAGUUUGGCCCCACGAUCUAGCUUGGGGAUGAAGUCAGAAUUGUCAUGGUACUGUUUAAAAAAACUACAAGAACACACAACCCUCAGUGUGCCCUUUUUAGAAACAGGUCUAUUUUAAAAUGGUUGAUUUCCCUCUGAUUUUAAAGUAUAUAAUUUUUUUUAAUAUAUUUAUUGUGUUAUCUAACAGUGGAUAAUUUUUUUUGAGUACAUGUGGCUAAAUAUUUUAAUUAUUUAGAAGUGUUGAUAAAUAUGUAAAGCAACUAAAAUAUGAAAAAAAAAUCUUAUUUCUGUUUGUUCAAUGCAAAAUAGCAUGGGCAGUUUUCUUACUUUACAUAUCAGUUUUAUUAAUGAAAUACCAACGAGUUUAAAUUGAGCGUUUCUCAGCGUGAUGUUAUUACUAGGUAAAUGUACUGGUUUCAAAACAAUCGUGGAACUUUGUUUUCUGUAUAUCACAAAGCUGAAUAUACUAAUAAAAACAGUAUGCUAUAUAUCA